AUGAUUGAAAAUAGAUCAUCAAACUGGGUAGCAUCACAAGGAAAAGAUAUUACUAUUGGCCAUGAAAGCUGGGACCUAAUUCAAUUUAUAAUGAUUGGUAUUCGUAGAGCUGUAGGUGAAGCAAUUGCACUCCCAAAUAGAGCAUUAAAACCAAAAGAUUUCGAAUUAAUUGUAGAAUUCAAGUAUAAUGGUUGGUUAUUUAAAGAUCAUUUCCCAAUGGCAUUCAAAAAGAUAAGAGAGCGUUUGGAAAUUGAUACGAAAAUGUUUAUGUAUUCUCUUGGUCCAGAAAGAGUAUUUGGUAAUCUUUUACUUGGUAACCUAUCAGCACUCAGCGAAAUAGAUUCUAGUGGUAGAAGUGGAAGUAUGUUUUUCCGUUCUAGUGAGGGUGAUUAUCUUAUUAAAACCAUUCCAUCCAAUGAAGAGGCAGUAUUAAAGAACAUUUUACCUGCAUACGUUCAACACCUUCAAAAGUACCCCAACUCAUUGUUAAUUAAACUAUUAGGCUGCUAUUCAUUGCAAACAAAAAGCAGAGCUGAAAUGAAGUUCUUGGUUAUGAACAAUCUAUUUUUUACACCAUUGCCUAUUGCAGAGAAAUACGAUUUGAAAGGCUCAACAAUUGGUAGACAUCAAAUAACAAUCGAAGAUAAAAUGGCACAAAUUGCAUUAAAAGAUUUAGAUUUCAAGAGAAUUUUAGAUAUAGGUACAGAAUUUAAAGCACCAUUACUCGAACAAAUUGAACACGAUACUAAAUUUUUGGAGUCUCAUAAUAUAUGUGAUUACAGUUUAUUAGUUGGUGUACAUAUAAUCGAUGAAAACUCACCAUUGGCUUUGACAUCGGAUGACCAAAAUAUUGGUGGUAUAUUAUCAAAAAAUAAAAAAGAAGUUUACUUUAUUGCUAUUAUUGAUACAUUAACACCAUGGAAUUUCUCAAAACAAUAUGAAAACUUUUUUAAAUCAAUUAUUCAUGAUGGAACCAAAAUUUCUGCUAUUUCUCCUUCUGCAUAUCGUAAAAGAUUCCAAGCUUUAAUAGCAAAUAUUGUCCAAUAG